ACCAGGCGAUGUAUUUCCUGGUUGAAUAAAGUCAAGAAUCACACUCUGCUCAGAUCGUUGUUUUUCUCACAUUUUAGCUAAACGGUAAUUUUGUUCCAAGCAACAUGUUUAAAGGUUUAGGGACGUGGUUGGGUCUGGAGAACCAGCCGCACACGAAUACGUCGGAGGACAAAGAAGAGCUGAGUGUGGAGCAGGAAGAGAAGGUGGUGGAGGCACAAAACGAGGUAAACAAACAGCAGCCAGCUGAGCAGGAUGAAGGACCAGAGAUCCAAGAAAACUUCGAGCCCGGAAAAGGACUCGGUGACUACAUCUUUAGUUUUGCAUCCAGUGCCACCAAGAAGAUAUCUGAGUCCAUGGUGGAGACAGCUCAGACCAUCAAGAAGUCUGUGGAAGAGGGGAAGAUCGACGGCAUCAUAGACAAGACUUUCCUUGGAGACUUCCAAAAGGAGCAGGAGAAGUUCGUCCAGGAGAAGAAGGCAAAAAAAUCAGACGCAGCAGUGCCUCCCUGGGUCGGCUACAAUGAGGAGGAGACAAUCCAGCAACAGAUCCUCGCUCUGUCAGCAGACAAGAGGAAUUUCUUGCGAGACCCUCCUGCUGGUGUUCAGUUUAACUUCGACAUGGAGCAGAUGUAUCCUCUGGCUGCAGUGAUGCUGGAGGAGGACCAGCUCCUCAACCGCAUGCGCUUUGACCUGGUUCCUAAACAUGUAAAGGAGGAGGUUUUCUGGAGGAAUUAUUUCUACCGGGUGUCUCUGAUCAAGCAGUCAGCUCAGCUAACAGCGUUGGCAGCCCAUCAGCAGCAGAAGGACGGAGAGGACAGAGGGGCCAGUGUUUCACCUGAGGACGUCGUCUUAACCGACAAUGUCAGACCAAAAACUCCUCCAGUUUCCAUCAGCGACAUACAGAAGCCACCACAUGAAGAGGAGGAGGAGAUGUCGACAAGUCCCGGAGUGUCUGAGUUUGUGAGCGACGCUUUUGACUCGACGGCCAUUAACCAGGAGGACCUGAGGAAAGAGAUGGAGCAGCUGGUCCUGGAUAAGAAGGAGAGCACCCCCUCUCCUGAUGAUGAGUCCGCAGACUGGGAGAAGGAGCUGCAGCAGGAGCUUCAGGAGUACGAGGUGGUGUCUGAGUCUGACAACAAAGACGACCAAUGGGAUCAAGAGAUCGAGAAAAUGCUCCAGGCUGACGAAAGCUAGAGGACCACCGCGUUUUUGUCUCCUGUUCAGUGAUCUGGCCCAGAAUGGAGGAGCAGUGACCGUUGAUGCACAAGGAGAUAAACUUCCACAUUCUCUGCUCCACCUAACUGUGAUUACUAUCUUUUAAACAUUCCCCUUUUAUGUAAUGAAGGUGUAGAUCCAGUUAUAGCAAGAGUGUGUCACCUCUGCUGUAAACAGUGGGUAUGUUAAGGCGUAUCGGUAAAGUGCUACUUCAUCGUUCCUUCCUAAAUGACUUUUCAUCUACUUGUUCUCCCCGCUCUGUCAUUGACGGGGAAAAGCCUUCAGAGGGCGCUCCAGUACAACUACAGUGAAUUUUCUAAUCGAUGGGUCCUGUUUGAAAUGACAUGAUAUUUGAUCUGUGUUUCCACUGCUGCUUUCUGGUGGGUUGUACAAUAAAGUCUUAGUAUAGUUAUAGUUCAGUAAAGUUAAAUGUAAAGUUACAUUUAUGUAAAUAAAGAAGAUUCUAACACUA